AUGAAUAGCAUGGCCGACACCGAUAGAGUCAACUUGACCCCCAUUCAAAGGGCGUCUGAGAAGUCCGUGCAAUAUCACCUAAAGCAGGUGAUUGGGAGGGGCUCUUAUGGGGUAGUUUAUAAAGCCAUCAACAAACAUACAGACCAGGUUGUGGCGAUCAAGGAGAUUGUAUAUGAGAAUGACGAGGAGCUCAAUGAUAUUAUGGCAGAAAUCAGUCUUUUGAAAAACCUGAAUCACCACAAUAUUGUUAAAUACCAUGGCUUCAUACGGAAAAGCUACGAAUUGUAUAUCCUUCUCGAAUAUUGCGCUAACGGCUCUCUAAGGAGACUCAUCUCGAGAAGCUCUACUGGAUUAAGUGAAAAUGAGUCGAAAACUUAUGUUACACAAACUUUAUUGGGGCUUAAGUACCUACACGGUGAAGGUGUUAUUCACAGAGACAUCAAAGCGGCUAACAUCCUGUUGAGUGCAGACAAUACCGUCAAACUCGCUGAUUUCGGCGUUUCCACUAUCGUGAACUCCAGCGCCUUGACCCUAGCCGGCACACUCAAUUGGAUGGCCCCAGAGAUCCUUGGCAAUAGAGGAGCCUCUACGCUCAGCGACAUUUGGUCUCUGGGAGCCACUGUAGUUGAAAUGCUCACAAAGAAUCCACCCUACCACAAUUUGACAGACGCUAAUAUCUAUUAUGCUGUUGAAAAUGACACUUACUAUCCACCCAGUUCCUUUUCUGAGUCCUUGAAGGACUUCCUAUCCAAAUGCUUUGUGAAAAACAUGUACAAGAGGCCAACAGCCGACCAGCUCCUUAAGCAUGUGUGGAUUACCUCCACGGAAAGUACGAAGGCCGACAAGCUUAAUAAAUUUAAGGAGAACUUUACCGAUGCUGAUUAUCACUGGGAUGCUGAUUUUCAAGAGGAGACACUUGACAUAUCUCCCUCUAAGAUUAGUCUGGCAACGGCACCCGCUGCGUGGGCAGAAAACAAUCAAGAGGCAGACUUGAUGCCCGCCACUGAGAGUCAAUUGCUAAGCCAAUUGAAAAGUUCAUCUAAGCCUAUGGGGGAUUUGUAUAUGUUUUUCGGUGUUUGCUCUCUCGAGAACAUUGCAGAUACGAUUAUCGAAUGUUUAUCGCGCACGACUGUCGGUCCACAAUUAAUAGCAACAAUUGGAUCCAUCUUUUCCUUCGACACUCAGAAUAAUCACUCUAGAUUGCGACUGAAAUUCAUCUCCAUGGGAGGAGUUCCAUCGAUCAUCAAAUUCGAGCACAUAGUCAAAGAAUUCGUCUUUGACUACCCCCAGGCUUUAAUUGAAUGUGGAAUAAUGUAUUCCCCAAACUUUUUAACACUAAAGAACCCCAAGUAUAUUAUGGAACUCAUUUAUAGGUUUUACGAUUUAACGUCCACGGCUUUUUGGUGUCGCUGGUGUUUGGAACACCUCAACAUACCGCUACUCCUCAACAACAUUCAUGAAAGAAGGGCACAAUCUAUAUUGCUAAAACUGUCAUCAUACGCAUCCUGGUCUUUUGAAAAAAUCUUUCCCUCUCUGAUCAACUACAAGUUAAGAAAAAAAAUACUAUUCAAUUCUCAAAUCACUUACAUAGUCUUCAAAUCAAUAAACUAUAUGAUAAGUGCAAACGAUGAUAAAAUUCACAAGUCUGCUGCCCCUUCUUCUUCCUCGUUACCACUGUCAUCCUCACCCACAAGAAACUCACCAAUGAACUCAGCACAGUCUCCCUCAAGAUCACCCGUUCAUUCUCUAAUGGCAACACGUCCAUCUUCCCCAAUGCAGCACAAGAGUAUCUCUAAUUUUUCGCAUCUCACCAUAUCUUCAAAAUCAAGACUACUUAUUGAUUUACCAGAAGGUUUCUUCACCUGGUUAACUUCUUUUUUUGUUGACGUGGUCCAAAUCAAAAAUCUUUCCGUUUUAAAGUAUUUCACGAAGCUUUGUUACCUUUCAAUACAUCUAAACAACACUUUGUUGAAUGACCUACUCAACAACGACGCUUUUUUCGCAUUUAUUAAGAGUAUUGACACCAUUACUCCUUCUAUCGACGACAAAAAAACAGCAGCUUUCAUUUGGAAACAAAUCACAGCUAUAUGCGUUGAUAUGAGUUUGGAUAUGAGCCAAAUGAACCCUUCUUUGUUUUCUACGGCCAUGAUCUUUAUCAGAAGAAAGAACUAUACUUCUAUGAGUGGGUUGGAGAUCAUAUUGAAUUGUUUGCACUUUACGCUACGCAACGCGCCUGAUGAUGUAGCCCCUACAAUUGGCUCAAUGGAGUCUCAUAGUGGUUUUCUCAUAAAGAUAAACAACGAUACUACAAUUGAGCUGCCGAUUGAUCAAUUUGUUGACCUAUUUUAUGCAUUGAAUGAUGACGACGUCAAUCUCAGUAGACUAAUUAGCAUUUUCACUAAGAUAUGCUCAUUUCCCGGUUUCGAAAACCUUGCAAUUGAUAUCAUAUCUCACCCAAAUUUUUAUGAAAAGAUCGUUUCGUUCUUUGAUACCUACUUUAAUAGUCUGCUUAUUCAAAUCGAUUUAUUGAAAUUCAUAAAGCUAAUAUUCACGAAAUCUUUACUGAAAGCUUAUGACUAUACCGGAUUGCCAGAUCCAAUAAAGCAAAUGAAAUCGAACCAUCACAAUAAGUCCAUUGUUUCUAAACUUCGAACCAUGCUGGUACAAAUAACAGAGUUCUUAAACAACAACUGGAACAAGAAUGACUCAAAGAGGAAUUCCAAUCAAGUUGGGGGAGACUCAGUUCUGGUCUGCCAGCUAUGCGAGGACAUUCGUUCAUUAUCGAAUAGGGGAAGCUUACAAAAAGUUUCGAGCGUCACUGCAGCAAUUGGUAGUUCUCCGACAAAAGAUGAGCGUACUAAUUCAGGAUCCUCUAGAUCAAAAAGUGGCGCCUUUUCCUUACCCAUUACAACAUUUCAAGAAUAA